AAAAACCCACAAAACACAAGUAACUUGUGCAACAAAUUGCCGCAACAUAUUCGCCAUACAUGUUUAUAAACAAAUGUUGCAAAAGCGAAAAACAAACAGUGAAAUAGUGAAAAUACAGCGAAUUCACGCGCAAACGAAAAUGAAAAUAAAUGUAUUAAAAUACAUACUAAUCAAAUACUGAGCAGAAAAAAAAUAACCACAACACUAACAACUAUAAAAGCGCUUAAUAAAACAUUGCAAAUUUUGUAAGUGAAAAUUAUUUUAAAAUUCUACGACUGCAGCAACAUUAAUCGUCUGUGGAACAAUACUUCAAUGUCACCACAGCAGCCUGCAAGCCAGCAGCAAUAACAAGAAAAAGCUGCACAACAACAACAACACUUCAGCAGCAACACGCGUUAUUUAUAAUGCUGAACAAAGAAGAUAAAUAAAGAAUAAACGAGGACAACUUCGUCUGGAGUAACAUACCAGCAAACAACUAACACUACGUUUAAAUACUAAUAGUAGUUAGCGGAAAAACAACAGCAAUAACAAUCCAAAUAAAUCAAUAAAUAUAUAGACUGCUGCGAAUCCAAAACUUGCCAAUGACAAUACUUGUUUUCAGUUAAAUUAAGCGCAAUUAGCGAUAUCAUAAACACUCAUGCGCACCGAAAGCAUUACGAGCGGGCGACACAGUUGCGCAUCCGCAUACACCACUGCAACUGCCACGGCCGCUGCUGCAGCCACAGCCACGGCAACAGCAUCCGUUGUGGCGGCCGCCGCGAGUGCCACCAAAAUGGCAAGCAUGCCGGUCGUGUGGUGCACCGAUCCAAAUUCAGUGAAUAAACAACCCACAGCUUUCGCGCUCCACGGCAUACAAUUGCAGGGAAACGUGACCGAGAAACAGGUGCUGGCGUUGCGCGAACUGGUGAAUGCCGCCGCCGAGGGUAGACUCAUAUUGCCCGCGGACGGCUCAUUUGUGCUGCUCGACAGUGGCAUUAGCAUCGAAAGUUCGAUUGUAAAUAGCAGUGGUGGUAGUAUUGGUGAGGGCACUGUUGUCGAUACGGAUGGCAAUAAAGAGAACACAGCGCAGAAUGUCGCACCAAAUGUUUCGACGCAUGGCUGUGGCGCCGAGGAGAAACAUGUUAAAAACACAUAUAUACUAAUGCCUGUGACAACAAACAAGCCGCGCGCAAACGCAGACUUGCCUGCCAAUCUAGAGCAGCGCGAUGUGAUAGACGAAGAGGAGGAGGAUGAGGAGCGAGAACACGAAUUAGCGGAAGCGGCGCGCGAAGUGCCGCCACAGCAGUUUGAGUACGAUGAAGAGGAGUACGAACCGAAAUACUCCACAUUCACGCCGCCCAACUCUACUGCCGACGAUGAAAUUCUCUACGAAUUUCUCUGCUGCGCAAAAUGCAUGAAUGAUAUAUAUGCUUCCCGUUGUCAGGCAAAUGCUGCGGCGCGCAUGCGCAAUAGCAAUUGCCAGUAUGCCACGGCCAUCUACCCGCCGAAAAGCAAUCAAACCCGACGCGCUUUAGCCGCAGAACGUUUACAGCGCUUGCUCAGGACUUCCGGUCGCGGCAGCGCCUUUGUGGAUUGGAGCUGCACAGCAACAGCGGCACGAGCCAAUGAAGCGUUAACGCCGCUAGACGAUCCUGUCUACAGUAUUGCCAAUAAGUACACGCGCCGCUAUCAUCGCAAGCAUUGCCUCAACUUUGCUUCUGCAUUGGCGGCACGUAAUCGGCAAAAUCGUCACAAAUUACCAAUGCAAAGCGUAAAAAUCUUUCAUAAUCGUAACAUUGCAAUCACAAAUGGCGGUGGCGGUAGCUGUGCUGGUAGUGGGAGCAGCAGUAGUGUAAGCAAUAGUCGUAGCAAUAAAAUCGGCUGCAUUCCGCUGCCGACAUUAUCAUUACUGCCCGCGUACGCGUCGGUGAAUAAAAAGCAAAUUGUAAGCGACGCGACGAUACAGUCGGCAAAUAAUCGUGCAUUGCGAGCGCCGGUACGCUUUGGAGAAAUGCCAGUUUCGAUGGAGAGUAAUAGCGUUAGUGAGAAAGUACUGCGCAGUGACGUGGAGUCUGAAAUACGUGGAGCGCCGCGUUUGCCAACAACAGAGCGGAUGGCUUGCGCCCGGCCAAACAACUGUGAUACACCAAUGGACGCGACAGUAGCCGCUUCCGAAGUAGUUAAGGACCUAAUUAGUUUCGAUGAUGAUGAUGAAGAUGGCAAUAAUGGUAGCGAUAAAUUGACGGCGAGCCGCAAGGCUGGCGCUGUAGCGCCAAACUUCGCUUGUGAUACGAAGACCUUCGAUUUGUUGUGCGCUCCCAAUCAACCGUUGGCCGUCACAGCGGACGCGCACGAAUACGCUGACAAUAACGUCAGCGACGGCAAAAACAACUGCAACCUUCCAUUGCCAGCAGAUGCGCUUUGCAUGCAAAUUAGCGAAUCAGUCGAAUUCGGGGCAGCGCAAGCAAUACAAAAUGCCAGCGACGAUAGCGUAGUCGCUGCGAACGCUGUUGCAGUUGGCGCGCAACCAUCGAGCAAUAAUUCUAGUCGCAAAACAAGUUUCGACUCAACCUGCACCAUUAGUUCGAUGGAUUCUGGCUUUAUUGAAAUGCAGAAUAAGUUGGAGAGCUCGUUGCAGAGCGCCGCUGGUGCGCUACUCUAUGCUGCUACUGCCGCAAACGCGGCAAAUACCCGACCUACGCUGGCGCAAAUAUUCGACGGUCUGGAAAAUUCCACAGCGCCAGUUAAUGGCAACGCUGUGCGCGUUGGCUACAAUACGGCGGAACCGUGCGAUGCACCCGAGAAGAUAGCGCGCCUCAACUACAAGGAAUGCUUGACGCAGUCGCGCAAUCGACGCAAGUCCUACGAAGAAUUCAAAGCCAUGUUUGCCGCAGCGGCGCAUUUGGACGGCGCGCAUGGUGCGGUAGCGGAAGCAAGUGCGCGGCGUAAGACGCUACUGUCACGUACUGCCACUUGUUUGGAAAAGGAAACUCAAUACGCUGCGUCAAUGACAAUGCAAACGGCAUUAGCGCAUGCAGCAACAACAACACCAAUGUCCGCGGUUUCGCAGACGACGCCGACUGGGGCGACAAUGUCGAACGCAUUAGAAUCUAUAUCAGAACAGUCCGCGACCACAGGCGAAGAGAGUCACGGUGGCGCGGCUGUUAAUGCCCUGCCAAACGCCGCGUCUACACUUGCCAAUCGUCAAAUCGGUGCAGCGACCGACCACUUAGACACUUUUUCAGUGCACAGCGACUCGAAACCGGAUUGUGUAAACAAGUUUGCGGUGCGCACCGCUGAAAUGGAUACUGCUGACGUGUCCGCCUCACUGAAAACACCAUCAACCACGGCAACUACGCUGGCAGCAACGCCAAUAUCGCAACGGUCAACCACAGAAAUUUUGCGUAAGAAUUCGGAUUUUCUAUCGCAAAUACUCGAUCAAAAGGUGCUGGCGGCCAAAGAGAAAGAAAAAGCGCACAUACGCCGCAAAUCAUACGAGGAGUUCAAACGUUUGGUGCGCGAAUGCGAAAACAUGGACACUUUGGAAAGCGCUGGUUUAGUGGCCGAAGGCGCCGCGCCAAUCGCCUCAACGGCAACGCCAUUUAAACGCCAAAACUCGCGGCAUCGUAAAAGUUACGCAUCGUUUUUACUGAUGCGCCGCAACUCACUGAAAGAGCAGCAAGUGGCAGGCUCCAAUGCGGCAACACCCACGAAGUGCGGCGAUGCUGCCACCGCAACUGCAAGUGAGGCGCAACCGCCAAGCAACGUCGGUGCCAUUGUACCCUCGGCGGCAGCGUCUAUCAGCAAAGGUGUCUGCGGUGGUAAUAAUUAUAAGCGCAACUUCAAAAUCUACGAUAAGCUUGUUUAUGGCACCAUUUAUGACAUCAUACAACGCAAGAAUGACAUUUACAAUCUAACAUACCAUAAGUAUGACAAAUAUAUGACAUAUGGCACCAUUUAUGAGAUUCUGCACCGCAAAACAUCGCAAGCCUCCUCAACCGCCUCCUCCGUCACCAGUGCGGGCGACUUCUUUCAACGCAAAAGUCUUUCGGCUAUUUUGGAAAAGGAUGUUGCCACGCGACACGAGCGCCGCGAUAGCGCUCUGAAGACGGAAAAAGAUAAAGACAGAGAUGCAAAGGAGAAACACAAGCCAUUAAAGCCAACAAUGAUUUACGAUAUUAUACAAAAGCAACAACAGCAGCAACAGACGCAGAGCAACGCGUUGCAGGCAACAUGUACGGAUGACCGUAGCGUUAGCGCGUCAAAUUCGGUCACCGCAGCCGCAAAUUCCACUUCCUCGUCGGCGCGUUUGGGCAACAAUCGCAAAUAUGGUACGAUUUACGACAUCUUGCAAUUGGAAAAAUCGGAUGCAAGCAGUGCGCAGACGACGGCAACCUCAGGCGCGACGCACCCAGAAUCGAAGAAUCGUUUUAUUGUCAGCAAAAUCGAUGAAACCGCUGUCAUGCCGACAACCGCACAGCAGGGCUUGGAAGUACACACACCAAAUGUGGACACGGCAGGUACAGCCGCCGAUAAGUUGCAGCAGGGCGACGAUGCCGCCCAUUGUGAUGCACAGAAGUCUGUCAAAACAACGAAACCAAACAAAAUGAGAAGACUGUCUAAUAUAUUGUCCUAUAGUAAGCAACAUUCCAAGCCGGAGAAGUCGUCGAGCAGCGAACGUAUCGAUGAGCAGCCCGAACCUGCGGACUGCGCCGCCGAAGACGCGUCCAAAUCGAAGCACCAUGCGCAACACAAGCGACGUCUUGGCAUGCCGCAACUAUUGCCGUUGGACAGCGAGGAAUUAUAUGCGCGCAUUGUGGCACAAAACCGCGCCAACUCAACGGCCGGCAAGCAGAAAAACUCGAGUGGUCCUAUUAUGAAAUCGAGCUCGCUGGAUGCCAUCUCCACCACAGCUGCGGCUGCACUGAUUUCUCCACCCGCCACACCUUCGCCACCGUCGCCGCGUCGCAAUCUGAAACAACAUAACUGCCUGCAGCGUGCCGGCGCGCAAACGGCCCAAAGAUUGCUGGUCAAAAAACUGUCGUUGGAAAGCUUCGAACCGAGUCGGGUGCGUCAAGAACGCUCACCACUGCGCCGUUGGUCCAAUCAAAUGCCCAUUAAAUGCAAUUGCAUGCUGAACGGCGAUUCGCGCGAGGGUUCGCCCAUUUCCUUGGCGAGCAGCAAUGAAGAUUUGUGCGCUUGCGCCACAACUGCGGUCAAUGAAACGACAGCGCAAUGGCAACGUCAUAACUUCAGUCGUGAACACCACAAGCACCAAACGCCACAGCAUACACAUACGUGCCCGAAUUUCUUGACAUUCACACUGAACACAAACGCAACAGCGACAACAGAUAAAGAAAACGGUGCUCUCUUGCCAUGGUCGCCGUCUUCGUUGUGUGUCGGCAAUGCCGACUGUGCGUGCGCCUCGCUGGAGGAUUUCAAAAAUUUCCGUCUGAAUGCGUCAGCAAGCGCAACAACAAAUGCCGGCACCAGUGGUCAUCUGGUUGCAGGGUCGACAGCGAAGGGCAGUAGCGCGGCGCUGGCGCUCACCAAGAAAGCCAAGUCGCGUCGCUUGUCGGAGUUUACGCGUGGCGAAUUCUUAAACGAAAAACCUUGGUACUUCCGCAAGAUAAAACGAAUUGAGGCUGAGAAGAAACUAUUACUGCCAGAAAACGAACAUGGAGCAUAUUUGAUACGCGACUCGGAGAGUCGUCACAAUGACUAUUCGCUGUCGGUACGUGAUGGCGACACAGUGAAACAUUACCGUAUACGACAACUAGAUGAGGGUGGCUUUUUCAUUGCGCGUCGCACAACCUUCAGAACCCUACAGGAACUUGUUGAGCAUUAUUCCAAGGAUUCCGAUGGUUUGUGUGUCAACCUCUGCAAGCCGUGCGUACAGAUUGAGAAACCCGUUACCGAGGGUCUAUCGCAUCGAACACGCGAUCAAUGGGAAAUCGACAGAACUUCGCUUAAAUUUGUACGUAAGUUGGGCUCCGGCCAGUUCGGCGAGGUAUGGGAAGGCUUGUGGAACAAUACCACACCGGUGGCGAUUAAAACGCUGAAAUCAGGCACAAUGGAUCCAAAAGACUUUUUGGCCGAAGCUCAAAUAAUGAAGAAGCUGCGUCACACAAAACUCAUACAGCUCUAUGCUGUUUGCACCGUGGAGGAGCCGAUUUACAUCAUCACCGAGUUGAUGAAGCACGGCUCACUGUUAGAGUACCUGCAAGUACUUGCAGGCAAGGGACGCAGUCUAAAGAUGGCGAUACUCAUUGAUAUGGCAGCGCAAAUUGCCGCCGGUAUGGCUUAUUUGGAGCAACAGAAUUACAUUCACAGAGACUUGGCAGCGCGUAAUGUGCUGGUGGGCGACAAUAAUGUUGUCAAGAUUGCCGAUUUCGGUUUGGCGAGACUUAUCAAAGAGGAUGAGUACGAGGCACGUGUCGGUGCACGCUUCCCCAUUAAGUGGACAGCACCCGAGGCAGCCAACUAUAGCAAAUUCUCCAUUAAGUCUGAUGUAUGGAGUUUCGGCAUUUUGCUCACCGAGUUAGUGACAUACGGACGCAUACCAUACCCCGGUAUGACCAAUGCCGAAGUGUUAACGCAAGUCGAACACGGUUACCGUAUGCCGUCGCCGCCGAACUGUGAGCCACGUCUAUACGAAAUCAUGCUCGAGUGCUGGCACAAAGACCCGAUGCGGCGACCGACCUUCGAGACACUGCAAUGGAAAUUGGAAGACUUCUACACAUCCGAUCAGAGUGAUUAUAAGGAGGCGCAGGCCUACUGAUAAAUGCUUUACACUUCCAGCAGCACGUCUCACAUUAGCGAUAAUAUAAAGAAACCACAUAUACAACAUAGCAAUUGCCAACGCCACAGGAACAACAACAUCCACAAUAAUAUACACAACAAUUUGAGUAAGAUGAGUCGCAGCAGUAGUAGUAUGUUGCCGAUUGGUGCAA